AUGAUUAGUAAUAAUAAAGAGAUAAGUAAUCAAGAGCAUCAAGAAAGAUUGAUGAUAGAAUGGGGAAAGAAGAAUGGAGUCAAAUGGGAUGAAGAGAUGAUGGAGAUACACGAUUUCGGUGAUAGUGGAGGUGGCAGAGGUGUCAUCGCUAAACGAACUAUCGAAAGUGGUGAUCUAUUGGUAGAAGUACCUCUAUCACUAUUAAUUCAUUCAUUACCUAUACUAUCUGUUGUACCUCCUUUUGAACAUAUAGAAACAGUAUUAAAACUAUUAGAUUCAAAACAAACUAUAUGUUUUCAAUUGAUUUAUGAAAGAUUGAUAAGGAAUCGAUCUAGAUGGUAUGGGUAUUUGGAUUGUAUACCAAAAGAGUAUAAUACAACUGUCAGUUAUACCGAUGCAGAGAUUGGUGAAUUAUCUUAUCCCUACUACAAAAAUGAAGCAACUAAACUACGCAAAGAAAUGUUGGAUAGUCAUAAACAGUACAAAGAGAUAUUACAGUCACACCUCACUCUCAAAGUACUAUCAUCUCAUUCCGAGUUGGACAAUAAUAACAACUCUACUUUUAAAAGUAGUGGUGGUGGUGGAAAUACAUUAAAGAAUAGUACUAAUGGUAGUACAAGUCUACAUAAUAAUAGUACUGGUACUCCUAUUAUUAGAAAUAGUGGAUCUAUCAAGAAUAGUGGAUCAUUCCUUCGAAAUAGUAGUAGUGAUAUUGGAAGGAUGAGUGCAAGUGGUACGAAUACACCAUCUGCAUCAACUAGAUCAUUACCAAGUUUUGAUUAUGUAAAAGAUGAUCAAGGUGAUAUUUUGGAGGAAGAAGAGGAACAUCGAUCUCAUUUGGGGUGUCCGACAAACAAUGGAUAUGAAGUGGUGUUUCAUCAAGACGUGUUGGCUAAUUUGGUAGACUUGAAUAUGUAUGUGUGGGCAUGGGGUGUGAUUCAGACACGUACCUAUUAUUACAACCCACGACUCGAUCAUCAAGUAUCGGCUGCUGCAUCGUCCAAGAAGCAGCAGCAGCAGCAACUACCCAAAAUACAUACAACUCAAGACAAGAAUGAUAAUGCAUGUCUUGUACCACUGGCAGAUCUAUUCAACCACAAUCCAAAUGUCAAGACGAUGGCAUCCUACUGCGCAGCGGACCGUUGCUAUCGUGUCUAUACAGACACUCGGUUUGAAAAGGGUGAGCAGGUGUUUAUAUCGUACGGACUGCACAACAAUGCGACUCUUCUCCACUACUAUGGUUUCGUGAUUGAUAAUAAUCAUUUGGACGGCAUCGAGAUUGACUCGGAGGCGAGUCUACCGCCUCUCCGUCCAUCGGCAUUCUACCAUCUACCAGCCAAGGAACAACGCGAGUACGAGAGACUCGUUGAACGCAAGGAAAACAUUCUCAUUCAGAACGGACUCAGCCAAGGCAAGUACGAAGUGGUCAACGACCCAACCAUGCCAUUUACAUGGAACUAUCUAACAACGCUGCGUGUCAUGAUGAUGACCAAAUCAGAGAUUGACGCCAAUCUCCAAAACCAUAUCUUUCAUCUCGACGAACCAGUCUCUCUUCAAAACAACAAACGUGUCUCCAAAUUCUUGACCGAUCUAUGCGAUCGCCAUCUCCUCCAACUCGGAGCCAAACGAGAUCAAUCCACCUGCACCACUCACAACCAACUCAUGACAACCAUUCUCAUCAACAAUACUAUUACCAUCUUUGAGAAUGCUCGUAUCUAUAGUUUAAGUUUAGAUUUAGGUCAAUAA